AUGGAUUUAUCUCUUUCUCUAUUUUUCCCUCUUAUUUCAGAUUUAUUUUGGUCUUCUGUCCUUUCUUUUCAGUCUCCGUCUUUUUUUUUCCUCUUCACUUUCUCAUUUUAUCCUCCCCAAAGUCUUUCCAGUCGUUUUAUUCAAGAAACUUUUUUCUCAAUUCUCCCUUCCCCAUUCAAAUGUUUUCUCUUUCCUCUAAUAUUUGGGAAAAAUGAUCUCCCCUCUCUUUACACUGAUAUCUUCUCCAUUCUCUCUGAUAUAUAUUCCCAUUUAUUAUAUAAAUAUUAUUAUUGGGCUUCCCUUUUUCUCCCUCUAUCUCACGCUAUAUUCUUUCUCUCUUAUUCAACCCACUUUCUUCCCCUCCCUCUUGUACUCUUUCCCCCAUCUUUUAUUUUUCUCUCUUUGUUCUGUCUGUCUGUUCUUCAAGAUGAUCUCUGUCUUUCCCUUUCAUCUCUUUCCUCCCUUAUUUCCUUCUUUCCCCCAUCCCAAAAGCCUUUCUCUCUCUCUCUCUUUCUCUUUCUCUCUCUCUGGUGUUGCUUAUUCUUUAAUCCGUGUGAUAAACGAAGGGGAACGGGUUGA